AUGGAAGAAAGUAUUUGGCAAGAAUGUAUGAAACAUUCGACAAAUUCUUUAUUCUUUUGGACGUUAUCCAAUCAUUCGUGUAAGUCAAUUUCAACGAUGGAAAAUAAUCCUUGGCAAAAAGGUCACGUACUAAAUACCAUAAGAUUUUAUUCGACAAAUGAUAAUUCUACUGACAAAUCUACAAUUAACGAAUGCAAAAAUACUAAAUCAAAAACAUCAUCUACAAACAACAAAGAUAACAAUAUGAAUUUGAUUGAUGAUGAUGCAUCUUGUACAACGAAAUUUCAUACAAAAUCAUCGUUGAAAAAGGAACAUUGCGAGGAUUCUACGAAAAACAAUGCGAAGCAGGAACCAAUCGAAAAUAACAUUUGUAAAAAUGAUAUUCCAAAAGAAGAAUAUUGCGAGGAAACGACAUAUCAAUCGGCUCCCAAUUCCUCUGUAAAAGAUAUUUGUCCUAUGGAAUCCCAUUCCGAAUCAUGUUCCCAAUGUUCUACUGAUCCUAAUUUAACCAAAAACAAAUAUUUUAUUUGUUCACCUCAAAAACCUAUUCUUCCUUGUCCUCCACCAAAAGAAUCGACAAAAUUAAAAUUAUGGAGGUUCUUAUCAAUUUGCUCUUACGUAUUACUUAUUGUCGCGUCAGUGAUCAUUAUACCAAAAGCGGAAGAAGAAAAAAAGAAACCAAGACCGCCAUAUUACGAUGUUCCAUAUAUGUAUCGACGAACAAAGCCCUUUCCUUGGGGGGAUGGUAAUCACACACUAUUUCACAAUCCUAGAAGAAAUCCUGUUCCACCGGACGGUUAUGAAGUUGAUGAUUCGUAG